ACAGGCGCCCGGAGCAGCAGGGCCGGAGAGGUUCUCAUUGGUGCCACCUGCCGAGACAGAGGGGCGUGCCUGGCCAUUCGGGGCUCCUCCCAGCGGCACUGUGACCACCAUGCGGGGCGGGGGUUGGGGGGCACUGAAGGCCACAGCCGUGAAGCACCAAGGCUGGGCGUGGGGCAGCCGAACCGCCAGAGGAGCGGCCUCCGCGAUGGAGAAGUUCAAGGCUGCGAUGCUGCUGGGGGCCGUGGGGGACGCGCUCGGACACAGACAUGCCCACAAGGACAACAGUGCCUCCAGAAAGAAGGUCCAGGAGGGGCUGCAGACAAGCGGGAGCCUGGACCAGCGGCCACUCUCCCCAGAGACAUGGCCAGUGAGUGACAACACCAUCAUGCACCUGACGACAGCCGGGGCCUUGACCACAGACUACUGGUGCCUGGACGACCUGUACCGGGAGAUGGUGAGGCGCUAUGUGGAGGUCCUCGAGAAGCUUCCAGAACACUGGGCGGACCCGGCCACCCUGGAAGGCUGCUCGCAGCUGAAGCCAGAUAACUACCUCCUUGCCUGGCACACGCCUUUCAACGAGAAAGGGUCAGGGUUCGGGGCCGCCACCAAAGCCAUGUGCGUCGGCAUGCGGUACUGGAAGCCAGAGCGCCUGGAGACACUGGUGGAAGUGAGCGUCGAGUGCGGCAGAAUGACACACAACCACCCCACAGGCUUCCUCGGGUCCCUGUGCACGGCCCUGUUUGCAUCGUACGCUGCCCAGGGCAAGCCGCUGGAGCAGUGGGGCAGGGACAUGGUGCGGACAGUCCCGCUGGCCGAGGAGUACUGUAAAAAGACCAUCCGGCACCUGGCAGAGUACCAGGAGCACUGGUUUUACUUUGAAGCUAAGUGGCAGUUUUACUUGGAGGAGAGAAAGAUCAGCGACGACUCGGGGAGCAAAGCCGUCUUCCCUGACCGCUAUGACGCAGAGGAGAGGGACAAGGCUUACCGGAAAUGGAGCUCAGAAGGCCGAGGGGGCCGGCGGGGCCACGAUGCUCCCAUGAUUGCCUACGACGCUCUCCUUGGAGCCGGGGACAGCUGGACCGAGCUCUGCCACCGGGCCAUGUGUCACGGAGGCGAGAGCGGGGCCACGGGGACCAUUGCGGGCUGCCUGUUCGGGCUGCUGCAUGGCCUGGACGGGGUUCCCGCGGACCUGUACGAGGACCUGGAGCACAGGGAGGAGCUGUUGCGCCUGGGCGAGGCCCUGUACCGCCUGUCCACGGAGGAGAAGUAAAGCCUCCCACCGCCGCCGUCGGGGCCCACGGCCCUCCUGGUGUGCGCCACGCCUCCCCGGCCAGAAUCACAUCUAACCCUCCCCUCCCCAGUGUCAGAACCCCACCUGCCGUCCCACGAGGAUGUUUGUCCUGCCCUCGCGCGGCCCCGGGACAUCAGUGGUCCCACGCCAGAGGCCCCAAGCCUCCCAGCGCGGCAGCACAAACAGCCUCGGGGACAGUCGGAGUGUCUCACUGGGUGCACCACUAAUGCUGCUGGCUCCCCGGUGCCGACCACACUAACCAGGACGGCUGCGCGCGGACCAAGCGCACGUCCCCGCCUGCUCCUGGCCUCGGCGCGGCAGCCGGAAGCACGCGCUUCACCUCCGCCGGCAUUUUUAAUCACACUAGAUCUUAGAUCUUAAAAAACCAACCCCUUUGGAACGAGUGCCUGAGAAAACCGGGAAAUAAAGGGUCCUCGUGUGUCCCUGCACCUCCUUCGGUGUGGUCUGCGGCUGUCACGUAGCCUGCUGGGCCUGGCCUGGGCCACCGCAGGCUCCACCGGGCUCGCUGCUCAGGACGUGGCCGGUCCCUGCCCGCGAGCGCAGAGAACGAGCGCACCUGCUCCGGCCGACAGGAGCGUCCCGCACCGUCUUUCGGAAGUAGCAUCUGGUGUGAAUAAAAGCCGGGGGCGUCUCGCGCUUAACAUGGCUUCGGCAGCUUGGCUGGGCCGGCCCGGCUGUGGCGGCGCUCUCUUCAGGGGGCUCCGGGGCCCGCGGGGUCACCCCUCGCUUCCCAGGAGGGCGCGAAGGCUUGGCGCAAGCUGGCAGGCGACGGACGCGGGAGGCGCUGGCGAGGAAGGUCUCCGAGUCACGGACUAACGCCCGCUGCCGCUGCCGCUGUUUUGUUUUUAUUUUCGGGGGGAAAGGCAGGAAGCCGCGUGCAGGGGGCCUCGCGGCCGGACCGCCGGGAGCGCAGGCCGUGGAGGUAAGCGG